AUGUGCCUCAAACAUAAUACGGCUCUUCUCACCGCCGCUGCUCUGGCUCUCGUUGCACCCAUCUAUGGCUCUCCCGCCCCGUUUGCGAAUCUCGACGAGACGGAGUUUUCCUCAGAAGCCCUACAAAGCGGCCGGUGCGGUAACGGCUUUGGAACGACUUGUGACCCUGGAUAUUGCUGUUCCAGUGCAGGAUGGUGCGGCCAGGGAUAUCUGUAUUGUUCUGCCCCGGCCUGUCAGAUCGACUUUGGCCCGGCCUGUGAUGCAAACCGGCAACCCAUGGGCCCGGACACCAGAGAUGUGCCCCGGCCCAAAGUCGGCUCCGUGCCGUACGGGGAGCCGAUCUAUCAUUGCAGCCGUCCCGGAGAUAUUGCGUUGACCUUUGAUGACGGUCCGUUCGACUACACCGAGGAUCUGCUCGACAAGCUCGCGGUUCUGAUUGAUUCUAUACAGGCCUACGAUGCUAAAGCCACCUUUUUUGUCACGGGGAACAACCUGGGCAAAGGCAUGGUGAACGAUCCUGAAUAUCCCUGGCCCGAACUCCUGAAGCGGAUGAUAGAUGAAGGCCACCAAAUCGCGAGUCACACUUGGUCACAUCAACGGCUCACGGAAGUCAGCACGUCCCAGUUCCUAAACCAGAUGCACUACGCCGAGACGGCCAUUGCCGACCUCUUUGGCUUUUUCCCGACAUAUAUGCGGCCCCCCUAUUCCGCCUGCGACGACACCUGCGAAUCCCUCCUCGACGCCCUGGGCUACCACAUCACCUUCUUCAACCUCGACACAGAAGGCUACCUCCACAACACCCCAGAACAAAUCGCCCAAAGCAAAGCCAUCUGGGACGCCCACGUCGAGGGCGCCGACCCAGCCACCCGCUCCUGGCUCCACAUCGAACACGACCCCGUCUACCACGCCGUCUACUCCCUGACAGACCACAUGCUCGAGUCCCUUUCCCGGAACGGCUUCCGCGCCGUCACGGUGGGCACUUGUCUCGAAGACCCCCCCGAGAACUGGUAUCGCCGAGUUUCCGAUACUGGUGGUCCUCCUCCCCCUCCCCCUCCCCCUCCCCCUCCUCCUCCUACCACGGAUGGGCGUUGUGGCCCCGGCCACGGCCGUCAGACCUGUGCCUACGAGCCCCUGGACGCGACGUGUUGCUCGUGGGCCAGCUGGUGCGGGUCGACGGCGGAUCAUUGCGGCGAGGGGUGCCAGGGUGAGUAUGGGACUUGUGGAUAA